ACUAAACCGCACGUGCGAAUAAUAGCACAAGAGCCGCUCAUGUCACGAGCAGGUGAAACAGAAAGUCCCCGUCGACGAUGUGCUUUACAUGCAAUGAUGGAAAAACCCCAGAAGACGCAGGAAGAGCAGCAGUCGUCCCCACAGGUGGCGCCACCUGAUGGUGGUUGGGGCUGGGUGGUGGUGGGGUCUCUUUUCGUGUCUUCUGCCCUGGUGUUCGGGCUCAUCCGCUGUCUGGGCAUCUUUUUUGUGGAGUUUGUGCAGUACUUUGGUGAGAGUGCCCAGGCGGUGUCCUGGAUAACAUCUAUUGGCUUGGCCAUGCAACAGCUAAUGAGUCCAAUAGGCACAGCUGCAUCUAAUGUGUAUGGAACUCGUCCAGUUGUCAUGAUGGGAGGAUUCCUUUCAGGCCUGGGAUUCAUUCUGGCUUCCCAGGCAACAUCUCUUUUACAUCUUUACCUAACUAUGGGAUUCAUUUCAGGUUUAGGCUGGGCGCUGGUCUUUACUCCUACAGUUGCAUCAGUAAUGCAGUACUUUACCAAGCGGAGAUCUCUAGCCAUAGGCCUGGGCUUCACAGGCGUCGGUCUUGCCUCUUUCGCCUUCUCUCCACUUUUUCAGUAUCUAGUAGAGGUCUAUGCUUGGCGUGGAGCUUUGCUGGUCCUCGGAGGCCUCAGCUUCAACAUGAUUGCUUGUGGAGCUCUUAUUCGUCCUCUAGGGAAACCAAAGGUUGUGUUGAAGACUGAAAACUUGACCAAGCUCAACAAAUGUUCUUCUUUAUUGUCCCGUAUCUUCGAGUGCUUUGAGCUCUCCCUGCUUUCACACAGAGGCUUCCUCACUUAUGCCGCGGCCAUCACCUUCUUCAAUGCUGGCUACUUCAUCCCUUACAUUCAUCUGGUCGCCCACAGCCGUCACAUUGGUUUUACUGAGUACAACGCAGCCUUUGUAAUCUCUGUAACCGGUGUGGCAGAUAUCGUGGGUCGCAUAGCCUCUGGCUGGUUCUCGGACUUGGGUAAAAUACGGAUGCCGCACAUGCUGGUGGUGUGGACUGGGUUACUGGGGCUCUCCCUGAUGCUCAUUCCUGUUGCUGUGGUUUACUCAGGACUUAUUGUUAUUAGUGUGGUCUAUGGGUUUUGUGCAGGAGCGAUGACACCGCUGGCCUUUGCGCUGUUACCGGAGAUUGUGGGCAUAGGUCGAGUGCUGGGAGCCCUUGGCCUGCUGCAGCUCAUAGAAAGUGUUGGAGGGCUGCUGGGAGCGCCACUGUCUGGCUGGCUGAAGGACUGUACUGGGUCAUACACAGUAUCUUUUAUUGCUGCUGGAAGUUUCCUGGUGUUAGGUAUGUUAGUUACUAUGGUUCUUCCCUAUUUCUGGUCUUGUACGGCCCCUCCAUCCUCAUCACCUUCAAAGAGGAAGUCUCAGGAUGGCUCCAUUGAAGAUGGACUACUGAAACAAACUCUAUCCUCAAAUUCUGUACCUGAUAACCUGUGCCCUUUGGAUGAUACAUCCUACUCGGAAAAGGAGUUAAAGGUGUUUUAAAAGAGAAAAAAUACCUCAGGAAAUGGUGCAUUAUACUACUUCAGGGGAAAUAUUAUGAUUGUGUGAUGGUAGAAAAUAAUCAGUGGUAGUCAUAGUAGUAGUUUUUAGAAGACUAUUUUGCAUUGUCAUAUGGGAUAGAGACAACUAUUGGCAUAGGAAUCACAAAUCAUAUUGCAUUUUUAUGUUUCAUAAUGCAUUUUGCAGUAAGACUUUUAGUGGGUAAUUUCAUAAGAAUAAACUUUAUAGCUCAAAUUAAAAAAAUAUGAAGUUCAAAACAAAUGUGGAUUAUUUAAUCAUUCCUUAUGAAUGCAAGUAUACACAUACAUUUUUGGAGAUGCUCCAUGAAAUUGGUGCCCUUCAAAAGUUGUAUAAUAGGUCAAUACCAGCGUAUUUUUUUUUUAUCAUGACAAAUACAAUAAAGUAAUCAAGUUAUCAUUUAUCAAGAACAGCUAUUCUUUUUGAUUACAUAAUAAUAAUUAAAAUAUGGUUAAAUUAUUAUUACAUUUAAUUAAAUUACUUAAUUACUUUUGUUUUAUAUAUACAUUUUCAAAUAUAUUGUCAAUUCAAAAUCACCACCAAAUAAGAAUUUUUGCUGAUUUUGUCCAAAUAUGCCACUUUGACUUGAGCGUUUCUGAAUUUAUGGAUGGCGCUGUAUAUCAAAUACUAUUUUUUUUAAUUGAAUUAUUAACAUUUUUAUUGUAAAUUACUGUUGCAUACUUACCUCUGGAAUUCUCUAACAGAAAGUUAAUAAUGUUGCACAAAUACAGCUUCAAGGUUUGGUGGAAAGACUGAUGCUUGUGGUUUUUGUCAGUCGGCAACAAAGGGUCAUUUUGUAUUCAUGGCUAGUAAAACAUAAAGGCUGCUAGCAAGAUGUUCCUUGAUUCCACACAAGCUUUAAACUGCUUAGUCAGCAGACUCAGCACAUGCCUGACAUGCUGUCACAUAAAGUAAAAUCUAAGAUAUAGGCAGUGCAUUUUGUUUUGCCAGUAAGUUUGGUGCUGGAGGCUACUUCAGUAUAGUAAACGAAAGCAUGAAGGCAAAAUAAAUGCUAACAUUGCAGUGCUAAUCCUGUUCUGCUCCUCAUGUAGAGCAUUAUUCCUUUUUACUUUUUUACACACAACUUGCUGUACCUUACCUUGAUUACAGCUGGACUGUUCUUGAAUGCAUAUGGAAGAAGAUGAUGAUCACAAGAUAUUCUUUGUCAUGCUAGCAUUGUCGGAUAGAAAUUUCAGGGUUGAAUUGUACCAUGUGAUUUGUGUGUUUCAUUGAUGCUUGAAGUAUUGUAUUAUGGGAAUCUUGCACAUUGUGAAGGGUUUCACUGUGAUUUUCAAGCUCAAGGUUUCAGAGUGAAUAUCGAUUUACAUUUUCCACAGAGGUCGCUGACAAACAAAAUUCACUUAUGAUUCAUUGAUCAAAGUGUCACACACUAAAGUCUUUUUUACACAUUACAUUCUUCAACACCUUUUUGUUUAAAAAAAUAUUUUUAUUAAUGCAAGAGAUUUACUGUUCAUAAACUAAUGUACAGGUGCUGGUCAUAUAAUUAGAAUAUCAU